AUUGUUAAGCUCAAACUUUAGAGCAUCUUAGUAGUUGUAGCGCCAGGUUGUUUCUAGGCUUUCUCGAGGACGGCGGGUGGAGCUGAGGGAGGGGCGGCAGAUCGAGCAUGUCGUCGUCCAAGCGUCAGGGGCCUCCCAAGCACCAGAACAAAUACGCAUGGAAGCCCAACGCCGGCUGCAAGAUCAACGAAUCGGAACUAGGGGGAAAGCUCCGACCUUUCUCUUCCAUAAGCGGAGUUUGCCCACGGUGCAAAGAGCAAAUCGAUUGGAAACGAAGAUACGGAAAGUAUAAACCUAUAUUGGAGCCUGCCAAAUGCCAGAAGUGUGGGAAACGAUCAGUUCGGCAGGCUUACCAUAAUAUUUGCUCCUCAUGCUCAAAGGAUCAUGGUAUAUGCGCAAAGUGUUGCUGUCGCACUGAUGAUAUUGUUGGAAGGGACGUUUCUGAGUUGGAGUCUGAGCGCAAGGCACUUGAGGAGGCCAUUCAAAAUGCCCGGGAAAGAGAUAGAAGGACACUUCUUCGUGCUAUGGACAAAAAGAGGCCCGGAACAAGUCCAGCGGUUCCUAAAAUUGGAGAUAGAAGCAGAGAGGGAGAUCUAUUUCCGGCUAAAACUCUAGAUGAAUAUGCUGCGAGUGCAGGACUCCGUGACAAUGAUAAGCAUGAUGAAGACCACACUGAUGAGGAAGAGGAGGAGGAGGAGGAAGGCAAUGAGGAAGAUCUUGACAAAGAAGAUAAGGUUGUCAAAGUUUAAAUGCAGUCAAAAAUCAAAAUGCAGCAUCAGUAAUGUUCCUGUAUAGCCAGCUCACAAAUUUGGCCUCGAUCACCUUUUUAUUAGUUCAAGUCAAGCCGAUCCCUUUAGGCUUAUAUUUUGCUGAUGAAGUAACCUAUUGAGGAUGAUAUUUGUCGUGUGGCUUUACCAAUUGGGGCAUGUAUUUUGUUUUCUGCAGUUUUUUUUAUUGAGCCAAUACAUUCAUAAA